AUGGCUGGCCGUGCCGAACGCUGGGACCGCGACCGCUUCAUGUACGAGCGGGAGCGCGAUCGCGGCUACGGCGACGACCGCCGCGGCUUUGAUGAGCGAAGCCGCUUUGAUGAGCGAGAGCGAGAGCGCGAUGACUACUACCCGCCACCUCGCCGUGGCAGAGACCACUCAGACGAGCGUUACGACCGUGGCGACCGUGGAUACCGGGGCGGCUACGACGAUGAUUUCGUGAGGGACCGCCGCCACGUCGAGGAGGAUCGUUAUAGGCCUCGCCGUGACGAGCCCCUCGACCGGGAGUUCGACCGCCGCCUUCACCUCGAGAGGGAACGCGAGCGUCGCAGCCCUUCGCCAGUUCGCCGCCCCACCAUGGUUCGUCGUCAGUCUUCUCUCGACACUUUCGACCGCCGUCCGCUUCGCUUCUGGGAGCGCGAUCGCGAGCGCGAGGAGUACCCUCCUCCAGCCCGCAGAGAGGACAUCCGCCGUGAGGAUUUCCGGGCACAGCCAUACGUGCCUAUUCCCCUGCCGCGCACCCGACAGCUUGGCCCUGCACCUUCCCAGCGUUACGAUGAGAUUCAGAUUGCCGAGCCGGGGUACUACGGGGAUGAGGAAUACCGCGACAUGCCCGAACGGGUCAAGGAGCGCGAGGUUGUGAGGUCACGCAGACGCAGAGACCGCAGCAGGGAAUCGAAAGUCUCCAGAUCCACGAGGUCUACGAGGACAAAGUCUCACAGAAGCAGCUCGAGGUCCAGCAGCACCUCGAGUAGAUCAACCAGCACUAGCGGUGCCACGACCAUCCGCAGCGAGUACCCGAAGAAGGGCAAGACCCGUAUCCCUCAGCGCCUGGUCUCUAAGAGGGCUCUUAUCGACUUGGGAUACCCCUACAUUGAGGAGGGUAACACUGUUAUUGUCCUCAAGGCCCUCGGCCAGGACAACAUUGAUGAGCUGCUGAAACUCAGCGAAGAGUACAAGCAAAGUGAACUGGAAAUCGCUGCUGCCCGCUCUUCCGCCGGCAGAAUUGAGGAACGCCACGAAGAAAUCUACACCAUUCCUCCUCCUGUAGCCGCCCUUCCGCCGCCGCCGCCAUCCGUCCAUGAACGUCCUCCUCCGCCACCCGUCGUCAUCGCGCCGCCUUCCGCGCCUCCUACAGUCUAUUCCGCUCCACCGCCACCAGCUCCAGCUCCCGUAGUCGUCGAGGCGCCGCCCCCACCACCCCCCGUUGAGGAGGUGGUGGAGAGGCGGACUGUCAUUCGUGAAGUCUCUCCCGCCCGCUCAUACACCACGACGACCUCGGGAACCACUGGCACGGUGUACGAGCGUCGUGAAAUCAGCGAGGAAAUUCCUAUCGGCCCCAUGGCUGUCGCUGAGCGUCGCCGCAGCCGCUCUCGUUCUCGCAAGAACAUCCGGAGCGAGAUCAAGGCGCUGGAGGCUGAGCUUCAUUCUCGCAAGCACGGCCACAGCCGCGACCUCGUACACGCGGAGCAAAUGCCCGAUGGAGCGGUGGUACUUUACGAGGAGAAGGUCGAGAAGGUCGAGGAGCCGCGACGCGGGGUGCGCAUCGAGAAGGACAAGAAAGGUCCUCCCCCGAAGCUCAUGCGUGCCAUGUUGGCCACCCUUACCUAG